AUGGGAGGACGAUCACCAUCUCAACCGGGGGUACAUAAAGUGAUAAUGGUCGGGGCUGGUGGUGUCGGUAAAUCAGCGUUGACAUUGCAGUACAUGUACGAAGAGUUUGUGGAAGAUUACGAACCGACAAAGGCUGAUUCUUAUCGCAAGAAGGUGGUCUUGGAUGGCGAAGAAGUUCAAAUUGAUAUUUUGGACACAGCUGGCCAGGAAGAUUAUGCUGCUAUAAGGGAUAACUACUUUCGAAGUGGCGAAGGGUUUCUUUGUGUUUUCUCGAUUACAGAUGAUGACAGUUUUGCGGCUACGCAGGAGUUUCGGGACCAAAUUUUGCGGGUUAAGAAUGAGGAAAAUAUACCCUUUUUGCUCGUCGGGAAUAAAUGUGACUUGGAUGAUCGUCGCCGAGUUCCUUUCAAGGUUGCAGAAGAGAGAGCAGCUGAGUGGAAAGUGCCAUACGUGGAAACUUCAGCGAAAACGAGAGCAAAUGUUGAUAAGGUAUUUUUUGACCUGAUGCGGGAAAUACGUUCGAGAAAGUUGGAUGAGCAAAGGCCCGCAGGUGGAACAAAGGAUAAAAGAAAGAGGAAAAAGCUCAAGUGUACUAUUUUAUAG